AUGUACAAUCAUCCACAAGAAGUUCCGCCAGAAGAAGAAGCCAGCUUGGCGUACUUUUUGGAGGCGAGAAGCUUUCUGUCUCGGCUCAAACAGAACCGUAGCCAGUACCUGAACUCCAAGGAUGUUAUGAGCUCGUACCAACGAGUUCUCACGAAAGUACGUGAGCUAGAUGCGAUCAGAAAAGCGUCGCAUCGGAGACCGGACAAUAGCGCCUCAACUUUAAUCCACAGUGUGGAACUUCACAAUAGAGUAGACUCGGUUCUUGAUGAUGUUUUUCAAUUGUUGUCUCUAAGUUUUUUGACUGUAGGGCUUAAGAACUCCGCGCCAGCCACUUACGCUUCGCUCAGUACCGUGCAACGGCUUUUGGAGCAUUUGGAUGAGUCUAAUGUGUUUACUCAUCAUGACCUUCGUCCCAUUAAGGAACGGCUGGACGAAAUAUCUGAAAUCGUUUCUCAGAGCUCCUAUUUGGAAGAAAUAGGCACGCAGAACAAGACAAUUGAUUUCAAUCAAAUUCCGGACGAGAAAGAUCGUAAUAAAAUUGAAGAAGACUUGUUGCUGCGCGCGAAGCUUAAGCACUGCCUGAAAGAAUAUGAACACAUUGAAUCUAAGUUAGAGGAGAUAGACGUUGGUUUACAAACCACUAUGGAGAAUCUAUUUCAAUUGAGGCGUGGUCUCUUGUCCCUGGCUGCAUCUACAAAGAGAAAUGCCCAGUUGAAGGACUCCACCACUAAAGUUCCAGGUUCACCAGUAUCUGAAGAGUCAGUAAAGGAGAAAUUACGAGCGUUGGAGGCCGAGCUGACGGAGAUCGAGUCACAUCGAGACCCCUCGGGCAAAUUUAUCUCUCAGGUGACAGGUGAGAUCGUUGAAAAAGGGCAAAAUGUGUUGAACGGGCUCUUGGAUGACUGCCACGAUCUCAUAAAUGAUUUGUCGCAUCAUGCCAACAAUGUGGUAGUCCUAGACCUAAAGUUGCAACCAAUAUACGACGAACUGAUUGAUAUAAAGACGACUUUAGAAAAUCUUUUGGUAACACGGCGUUGGACGCUUAGAGAAACUGAUCUAUUUUCGUACCAGAAGAGGCUAUCUGAGAUAGACAAGUUGAGAGUCGGCGGCAAGUUCCCUUCGGAUUCACCAGAGAAGAAGGGCCAGGCCAUUCUUCUGUACUUGUUGCGUCGUUGCUAUGCUAUCAUAUACAAGCUUUUGGAGUGUUCUGAGCCUGUUUCCGAAGCUUUGCAGAAGAUUCACAACCAGUUAUCUACGGUACGUCGGUGUCUGCUGGAGCUAAAAAGAAUGGGCGGUGUUGAAAACGACAGAGAGUUAUACCCCUAUCAGAUGAAAUUGGCUUCGUUGGAUAACGUCCGCGUGGACGGAAAGUUUUAUGAUGCGGAUGGCAAUAUUCCAGAGGGCCAGGGCACGCUAAAUGCUUUGUUGGCCGAGUGCUUUGACAUCCUUCAUGAACUGAAGAUUGAAGCUGAAGAGCGCGAGGGUCGCGGCAACAAAGAAGACAAUGGCGACCAAGAAGAGGCAGACUCCGCUGACAGCAGUGCGGUGGAGACUAAAGGAUCUGAGUCCAGAGCGCCUAUAAACGUACAGAGUUCUGUCAAGAAGAACAUCGCGGGUUCUGACAAAUUGAAUCACCGGUCCAAGUUUCUUGACAACUCUAAGCAAUACCACAAUGACGACGAUGACGAUGACGACGAUGAUGAGGAGGAAGAGGAAGAAUAUACCACCAACUACAGUGAACACAGCUACGAAGACGAUGAAGAUGAUUAUGCAACUACGAGUCAGGCUGAGGACUAG